AUGAGGGCUCGUAUGUUCUCUUGGCCUUUUAGAAAACAGGGUAUUGUUCCUUUUGCCACAUCCUUGCAAAUCUACAAGAAAAGUGAUACUGCAGACAUCAAGGCCACUGUUCAAAAAGGAAUGCCCCACAAAUGUUACUGUGGCAAAACCGGAAGAGUCUACAAUGUCACCCAGCAUGUGAUGGGCAGUAUUAUGAAGGAACAAGUUAAGGGCAAGAUUCUUGCCAAGAGAAUUAAUGUACAUACUGGGCACACUGGGCACUCUAAGAGCCAAGAUUGCUUCCUGAAACAUGUAAAGGAAAAUAAUCAGAAAAAGAAAAAAGCCCAAGAGAAAGAUACCUGGGUUCCACUGAAGCGCCAGCCUGCUCCCCCCAGAGAAGCGCACUGUGCGGGAACCAGCGGAAAGGAGCCCGGGCCGCUGGAGCCCACUCCCUAGGAGCUCAUGGCAGGAGAAGC